AUGGAAAAAACCAGAAUAACUACUGAAACAGAUAAAGUCGUCAUAGAAAAUGAAGUGAAUGACGAGCAAUUAAAAGAUGAAGAAGAAGACGAAGGGGAAGAGGAAGAGGAAUAUGAAGAGGAAGAGGAAGAGGAAGAGGAAGAGGAGGAUGAAGAGGAGGAUGAAGAAGAGAAACUAAAUGAAGAGAAAGAGAAAGAAGAAGUGGAAAAAAAACAAAAUCCGAUUAAUCGAAAACCACCAUUAUUGCUUGUUACACAACCAUCGACACAAACUUCACCAAAUUAUUUUACCGCCGAAUUUAUAUUCGAUAACAAUGGUAAUUUUGAUAUGAUACAAACCAAGGAGGAUGAUAAUGAUUGCGCAGAAAAUCAAAUGCUAUUAAGUAUGGAUGAGAAUAAUUUUGAAAAUGAUAUGACCGUUUCGGAAACAAUCGAAUUGCAAACGGAUGAUGACAAAAUGGAAAGGAAGCCAAGAGGCAAUUUUUUUUCGGUUCCGUUAUCGGAACGCUCUCUCUCACCCAUUCCUUAUUAUGAAAAUGAUUUUAACGACGAAUUUAUUGUUGAAGCACCAACAAGAAAUGAUGACAAUCGCGGACGUGUUUCCAAAAUUUUGGCAGUACCAGCACCGAUAUUUACAACAUCAGUUAGCUACGAUGGUAUGGAUGAUUGGGAUUCAACACAAGAAGAAUCGGUGGAAUCAUUGUCAGAUUAUGAAGAUAUUGAUGAUUUUAAUUCUGAAGAUUGCUCAAGAAAUAGAAGUCGUAUGGAAACUGAUGAAUAUCGUCCAUCAUCUUCAACUCUUGGGAUUUAUUUUAGUCCUGUUUCCUCCUCCACUGAUGAU